AUGGCGCCUACUCUAUGGGACGUUCCGAACUGGGGCCCUCCCACUGACAUCGCUUGUUGGUCCAUGUUCGCCAUCAUCUUCAUCCUCGUUUCACUUCGCAUAUUCACCCGGACCUACUACGGCUCCCGAAGAUCGUUCGGAGAUCUGGGUUUGGACGACUGGAUUACAAUCACAUGUGUCGUCUUUUUCUUUAUAACCUGCGUCCUUCUUAGUAUCUCGAUACACUACGGAAUCGGCACCCGAAUACACGAAAUCAAACCACCUCAAAACGUCAAGGAAGCUCUCAAGUGGAACAUAAUCUGCAGUCCAAUCCUGAUCUGGUGCUUCUCGCUGCCCAAAUUUGCCGUCAUCGCCAUCCUGAAACGAAUUCUGGAUUACGGUCGAAAGACGUCUAUCCUGUUCUGGGGCCUGGCCAUCUCCUCCCAGAUCUGCAUAUUGAUCAGCUCGAUCUGGUGGGUGAUCCAAUGCCGCCCGAUAGCAAAAAACUGGGACCCGGAUGUAGAGGGCGAGUGCGCCAGCAUCAGCGUCCUUGGAGACCUUGGUUAUGUCACAUCAGCCUACUCGGCCAUCCUCGACAUAUUCUUUGCCGUGUAUCCGAUCCCUUUCAUCAUGCGGCUGAACAUGCAGUUGAAAUCCCGCAUAGUUUGCUCCAUAGCCAUGGGGCUCGGCAUUCUUGCUUGCGCCAUUUCAGUCUACAAACUCGCCAAAUUUGGUGAGACGUUUGAAAUGCUGGCUAAAGAUCCAACGUACGCCGUUGCGGUUCUCAACCUACUCGGCAUGGCAGAGGGUGCCGUGCUGAUUAUCUGCGCCUCGAUCCCCUCCCUCGGCCCGCUUUACCGAGCUAUCAAGCGUCGCCAGCACAGUACCCGUGGCACCUCAAAGGGCGAAAGCUUGAGCACCGGCAGAACAACCAGCGUCCUCCGAGCCAAAGGCAGCAACCCGACACUUUCCAGUCAAGACUGGGAGGCGUUCAGAGCGUUGCGUCUUGACGAUCCAGAAAGAGGCAACGGUGGCCCUGGUCGCUUGCCACGAAGAAACAGUUCAGAUGUUAUACCGUUGAUGCCGAGUCCUGGUUUACGCAGCCACAGUCACAGUACCUGUGGUCGUCGCGAUCGCAGCUCCGAGAAUAUAAGGGGCGGAAGCUCUCCUGGCACCAUAUCGGUGCAGAAGACGGUGGAUGUUACUGUAUCUCGAGAUGAUAUAGGUGAUCCCGGCAUCACGAAGCCUGGGAGGACAUUAUAA